UUUUGUCUAUAUUUUUCAUCUUCAGGGCUGAGGAGGUGUUCGAUAUCAGUUCCACGCCUCUUCAGAAUAAACCUUCUAAAAUCCAAAAAUCGAAAAGCAAAACAUCAUGGCGUCGCCGUCGCCGUCCGGUAGCCUGACCGAUAAGAACGUCGUUUUCAGAAAGCUGAAAGCUAAAUCAGAUAACAAGAUGUGUUUCGAUUGUAACGCAAAGAAUCCGACAUGGGCGUCGGUUACAUAUGGGGUUUUUCUCUGCAUCGAUUGCUCGGCCGUUCAUAGGAGUCUCGGUGUCCAUGUCAGCUUUGUUAGGUCUACAAAUUUAGAUUCAUGGUCUCCUGAACAGUUGAGAAUGAUGAUAUAUGGAGGAAACAAUCGUGCACAGGUUUUCUUUAAGCGGCAUGGAUGGACUGAUGGAGGCAAGAUUGAGGCCAAAUAUACUUCAAGAGCUGCUGAUUUAUGCAGGCAUAUGCUAUCUAAAGAAGUUGCUAAAAGUAUGGAAGAAGAGGCAGGUUUGCCUUCAUCUCCGGUUGCUUCUCAGUCAUCAUCAGCAUGUAAUGAACUUCUUGAUAGCAAGACUGUUGAAGCUCCUAAAGAAAGUUCUUUAGACAGGGUAGAGAAACCAGAAGUUUCUGUUGCACAAAAAUCUUCUCACGCGGUUCUUGCUAGCACUGUUAAGAAGACUCUUGGUGCAAAGAGAACUGGGAAAACUGGUCUUGGUGCCCGAAAACUUACUACUAAGCCAAGUGAAAACCUUUAUGACCAGAAGCCUGAAGAACCAGUUGUCCCUGUUGCUUCCUCAAGUAUUAAUUCUGCAUCCAUUGGCUCAUCUUUUCCAUCUCGUUUUGAUUACUUGGAAAAUGCUCAAUCUACUGAGUUGAAUUCUGAUGGCACACAAGUGCUCAACCAUGUCGCUCCCCCCAAGUCAUCAAGCUUCUUUGCUGACUUUGGAAUGGACAGUGGGUUCCAGAAGAAGUCAAGCUUAAAUUCCUCGAAAGUGCAAAUUCAGGAAACCGACGAAGCUAGGAGAAAGUUCUCAAAUGCGAAAUCUAUUUCUUCAUCCCAAUACUUCGGUGAUCAGAGCAGAGCAGACAAUGAUGCUCAAGUUACUUUGCAGAAAUUCUCAGGUUCAACGGCCAUCUCCAGCGCUGAUCUAUUUGGUAACAGUGCAGAUAAAUCUCUCGACCUCACGGCCACUGACCUCAUCGACCGACUUUCUUUCCAGGCACAGCAGGAUAUCUCGAACCUCAAGAACAUCGCGGGAGAGACCGGGAAGAAACUAAGCUCCUUGGCGUCCACCCUUAUUACAGAUCUUCAGGACAGAAUCCUCUAAUACAGUGUGGUAGCCCUUUAUAUAUUUACCGUUAACAGCCGAUUCGUGUCGUAGCGAAUAUAAUCAAAAUCUUACAUUUUUUUAAGACGUGAAAACCGAGCUUAGGAUGAAUCAAUAUGGGGUCUAGUUUCUGACCCAUCUUAUACAUGUCGAUGGCAACGUGUGUAAAAUGACAUAGGGACUAUUAACAUAAUUUAACUAAAAUAAUCCCUUGUUCUUUACUAAA